UGUAAGUCUCUGUGUAUUUGACAGAACAGAACUUGACAAACCCACUGAUGAUGGCGUCUGGGAAACAAAAAGAGGAAUUUAAGAGUACCCAGAAGCUCAAUGAAGAGCCGCCGGCGCCGGAGGACCGUUGUCCGGUGGAGGAAGUGGCACUGAUUGUCCCGGAAACGGACGACCCCUCGCUUCCGGUGAUGACGUUCAGAGCUUGGUUUCUGGGUGUUACUUCCUGUAUUCUCCUAAUAUUUCUGAAUACGUUCUUCGUUUACCGCACGCAGCCGCUGAUGAUAUCGCCUAUUUUGGUGCAAGUCGCUGUCUUGCCUAUCGGGAAAUUCAUGGCGUCGGCACUUCCCAACAGAGAAUUUCAGGUCCUAGGGAGAAGCUUCAGUUUGAAUCCAGGGCCCUUCAAUAUCAAGGAGCAUGUGAUCAUUACUAUUUUUGCUAAUUGUGGGGUUGGUUCUGGAGGUGGAGAUGCCUACUCCGUCGGUGUCAUUACGGUUAUGAAGGCUUACUACAAACAGAGCUUGAGUUUCAUUUGUGCCCUUCUCCUUGUCUUGACCACACAGGUUUUGGGGUAUGGAUGGGCUGGGAUGCUUAGGAGAUAUUUGGUAGAUCCUGUUGAAAUGUGGUGGCCUUCAAACCUUGCUCAAGUUUCUUUAUUCAGGGCACUACAUGAGAAGGAAUCUCCAUCAAAAGGUCUUACACGGAUGCAAUUUUUCCUUAUUUUCUUGGUGGCGAGCUUUGCUUACUACACUCUCCCUGGUUAUCUAUUUCGAAUCUUGACUUUCUUCUCAUGGGUUUGUUGGGUAUGGCCCCAUAACAUCACUGCUCAGCAAAUUGGAUCAGGGUACCAAGGACUUGGAGUAGGUGCCUUCACCUUGGAUUGGGCUGGGAUCACAGCUUACCAUGGCAAUCCACUGGUGGCACCUUGGCACGCUAUCGUCAAUGUUGGGAUUGGGUUCAUCAUGUUUAUCUACAUAAUUGUCCCUGUAUGUUACUGGAAAUUCAACACCUUCGAUGCUCGGAAAUUCCCUAUAUAUUCGAGUCAGCUCUUUACUUCUACUGGGCAAACUUACGAUACCACCAAGAUCUUAACUCCACAAUAUGAUCUCAAUGUUAGUGCCUAUGAUAGUUAUGGGAAGCUCUAUCUCAGUCCUUUAUUUGCUCUUUCAAUUGCAUCAGGAUUUGCAAGAUUUUCAGCAACACUCGUUCAUGUAGCCCUCUUCCAUGGCAGGGACAUCUUGAGACAGAGCAAAUCGGCCCUGAAGAAUGUGAAAUUGGACAUUCAUGCGAAAUUGAUGAAGAAUUACAAAGAUGUCCCACAGUGGUGGUUUCUCACUCUGCUAGUUGGCAGUGUUUUGCUGUCUCUCUUAACGUCUUUCUUGUGGAAAAGAGAUGUGCAGCUUUCAUGGUGGGGGAUGCUUUUUGCUUUCGGUUUUGCAUGGAUUGUUACCCUCCCAAUCGGAGUCAUUCAAGCAACUACAAACCAGCAACCUGGAUAUGACAUCAUAGCCCAAUUCAUUUUUGGAUAUAUUCUACCUGGAAAGCCCAUAGCAAACAUGGUGUUCAAGUUUUAUGGGAGACUCAGCACCAUUCAUGCACUGUCGUUCUUAUCUGAUCUGAAACUUGGGCACUACAUGAAAAUUCCACCUAGGAGUAUGUUCACAGCUCAGCUGGCAGGGACUAUAAUAUCUGCCGUAGUCAAUCUCGGAGUUGGAUGGUGGAUGCUAGAGAGCAUUGAGAAUAUAUGUGAUGUUGAACAACUCCAUCCAGACAGUCCAUGGAGAUGCCCAAAAUUCCGAGUCACUUUUGAUUCUUCUGUCAUAUGGGGGCUAAUUGGAUCAAAACGGCUCUUUGGUCCUGGAGGCAUGUACAGGAACUUGGUUUGGUUAUUCCUCAUUGGAGCUAUAUUGCCUGUACCUAUUUGGCUACUGAGCAAAAUGUUCCCUGAAAAGAAAUGGAUCCCAUUGAUCAAUGUACCUGUUAUCUCUUAUGGUUUUGCUGGAAUGCCACCAGCAACCCCUACCAAUAUAGCUUCCUGGCUUGUUACUGGAGCCAUCUUCAACUACUUCGUCUUCAGAUACCGGAAAGGGUGGUGGCAGAAAUACAACUAUGUGUUAUCAGCUGCAUUAGAUGCUGGGACGGCAUUCAUGGGUGUUCUCUUGUUCUUUGCUCUACAGAAUGAGGGCCGGAAUUUGAAUUGGUGGGGGACUGAGCUGGACCACUGUCCAUUGGCUACAUGCCCUACCGAACCUGGCAUUGCAGUUAAAGGUUGCCAUAUUUUUAAGUAGCCAGAGAGUGCAUCUAUGAAAGGGUUGGAAGCUGAGAAAUGAUACUGUUGCUGAAGAGUGGAAAAAAAGGGAUGUCCAAGCUCAUUAUUGAACAUUUUUGAAGAAUUACUUAACUAGAACUAGUACAUACCAAGUUGGAAGCAAAGGGUUAUAGGAUGUAGAGAGACAUCUCACACUCUGUAAGUGCAACUAGGAAGUGUCAAAGCUUAAGCAUGGUUGUGGAGA